GAAAAUAGAAGAAAUUGAAAGUGGUUGUGAAACAAAAAUAUCAAUCAAAAUGGCAGAUUUAGACUGGGGUGCAUCUGUAGAUGAACAAGAACAAAAAUUAACAGCUAAGAUUAGUGAAGCAAAAAGCUGGGCUGAUCAGGUAGAAGAAUUUGACAUCAAUCAGCAGGUUGAUAAUCUGAAAAUAACCAAACCAGAGACAGUAAAUGGUGCAGGGUCAGCAGCUAGUGGAGAACCAAAAUCCUCUCCUGACCCAGGAGGGGCUGCUGAGGGUGGCCCGGAAGAUGCUGGAAAUACAAAAGAAGAUGAAUCAUUGCUGAGAAAAUUGAUCCACUCAAAGUUGAUAUCUUCAAAAGCAAAUUUAGAAGUUUUACAGAAAGAUCCUAAUUCUCCAUUGUAUUCAGUAAAAACAUUUGAAGCUUUGAAUUUGAAAAAAGAAUUGUUAGAAGGUGUUUACAAAAUGGGAUUCACAGCUCCUUCAAAGAUACAAGAAACAGCCUUGCCAACUCUCUUAGCGGACCCACCUGUAAACAUGAUAGCACAGAGUCAGAGUGGAACAGGAAAAACAGCAGCAUUUGUCUUAACAAUGUUAAGUAGAGUUGAUAUCAGCAAAGAUUAUCCCCAGUGUCUCUGUUUAGCACCCACAUAUGAAUUAGCUUUACAGAUUGGACAAAAUGUUGAACAGAUGGGACAGAAAAUGACAGGACUCAGAAUUGGUUAUGCUGUCCGAGGAGAAAGAGUUUCCAGAGGACAGCGAAAAGAUGACCACAUCAUUAUAGGGACACCUGGCACAGUGUGUGAUUGGGCAAUAAAACACAAAUGUUUUGACCCUAAAUUAUUAACUGUAUUUGUAUUGGAUGAAGCAGACGUCAUGAUAGCAACACAAGGUCAUCAAGAUCAGUCCAUUAGGUUACAGAGAAUGUUAAACAAACAGUCUUGUCAGAUGUUGUUAUUCUCUGCUACAUAUGAUGAUCAAGUGAUGGACUUUGCUCAGGCUGUGAUACCCAGGAGUCCAAUUGUUAUAAAAUUACGACGAGAAGAAGAAAGCUUAGACAAUAUUAAACAAUUUUAUAUAGAAUGCACCGAUGUUGAAGCUAAAUUCCAAGCACUCAGUAAUAUAUAUGGAACAAUAUCAAUUGGACAGUCUAUGAUAUUUUGUGCUACAAGAAAAACAGCUGCCUGGUUAGCAGAAAUGAUGACAAAAGAUGGCCAUGUUGUAGGUUUACUGACAGGAGAGUUGACAAUAGAACAAAGAGCAGCCAUUAUUAACAGAUUUAAAGAAGGCAAAGAAAAAGUCCUGAUAACAACUAAUGUGACAGCAAGAGGAAUUGAUGUAGAACAGGUUACAGUAGUAGUGAACUUUGACCCUCCUCUGACACAAGAUUUCCAGCCUGAUUACGAGACAUAUCUUCACAGAAUUGGUCGAACAGGGCGAUUUGGUAAAAGUGGACUGGCUAUAAAUAUGGUGGAUGGACGUCGUUCUCUGAGUACCCUCAAAUCAAUAGAAAAACAUUUUGGUCGUAAGAUAACGAAAUUGGAUGCAGAUGAUAUGGAUGAAAUAGAGAAAAUUGCUGUGUGAGCAGACAAUAGACAUAAUAUGGACAAUUUGUACUUGCAUAACUGGACUGACCAUUAACAUACUAUUGUAAACUAUUGUUAAAUUUUGAAUUGCAAGGAAAGUGCUUGUCAGCUGCCAUAUUUUACAUACCAAAUGUACUACUACGUUAAUAUUCAUUUCCAAAAAUUCAAACUUCUCAUUCCGCACAAAUCUCAUUAAACAUGUAUGCUUUUUUUUAUGCAGAAAAGUAUUUGUGAUUUUAGUUUUCACUUGUUGCUAUAAGGACAGUCAAGUAUUGUAUGAAUAUUUUUUUCAAUGUUUUGAAAUUUACCUUUUAUCAUUAUUUUAUUUCAUCUUAUCUUAACAUAGCCUUUAUCAGAAAAAAUACAUAAAAUGAGUUAAAAAGAAAAGAGAAUCAGUUUCACUGAAGUUAUUUUCCCCCUUUUUUGUCUCAUUUUGAAAGAAAAGAACCCCUUAAGCAAAUGAUGAAAACAUAACGGACAUCACGAUUUCUUCUCCAUGCAUAUUGCUGUACAUAUCAAUCCCCCCUUGAUUAUCUCAUAACUUAACGAUAAUUUAUUUAGCGUAUCGUUACACCUAUAAUUCUAAGUAGUUUGGUUAAGUAUAUUGAUUUGUUUCUUGGCGGAUAAAAUUUUAUUUUAUGGAAAAAUCAUAGAUUUCAAUGAUAAAAGGAAACAAUGUGUUUGUAUGUUCUACAUGAAAUACAUAUUUUUGUUUAUAUUUGUAAGAAAAUAUAUGAAAAUCUACAAAUUGAGGAUCCAUGCCAUGGUACAACAAUCUUUUGAAAACUUAGAAAAUUUGAAGCUAUGAAACUAUUAUGAAAAGAAAAUUUUAUCUGUUCUUUAAAAUUAUCUGCAAUAUGAAAAAUAAAACAAAUUUAGGUAAAUAAGUUAACAAUUAAAUCCUGCUGAAAUAAAAUUGUCUAUCAAAAAAAACAUUAUCAUCAUGAUCACAUUACAAUGUUUUGAUAUUGAAAUUGAAAAUUAUAAAUGUUGGAUGCAGCUGUAGUUCUUUUCAAAAACAUUUUAUGACUUAAAUAAACCAUGAGUAAUACUGAAAUUUGUAUUACUCUUGCAAUAUUUUUCUAAUAAGAUUUCUGUGAAAGGGAUUGCUGUCCUUAUUUUAGUCUUACCUGGCUCUAUCAUCCAGAAAAAAGAAAAUAGAACUUUUUGAUUUCUUGAUUGUUUCACAAUUCCACUUUGUAUUCUUGUAAAUAAGUAUUAUCAUAUUUUUCAAAUAUUACUUUCAUUAUGUAGAUAAUUUUAAUAAGGAGAUUCCUUAUACACAACACAUUCAUAUAUAAAUAAUAAUUUCCUUAUGUUUUAAUUCUUUGAUAAAUAUUUGUUAAAUUUGACACUAGACUUUAAAUUUGAAUCUCUUUUCCUUAAUGAAUUAUAAACCACGUUCUUUGUUAAUCACUAGUUCAAAUGAAAAUGAUUUGCAUUGUUUGUCCCCCCUUUUUUGGUACGAUUAUUUCUACUGUGGUGAAGUGAUAUGUAGCAAGAGGCAAAGCUUUGUCACUAUCAGCUGUUUUAUACUGAAUUUAUUUGUUCUAAAUGAAUUAAGAUUAAAAUAUUUUUUAGUCGUUCUCUUGAUUCUUGGAAAUUUAGCAAAUUCAGAUGUUCUAUACAUAUAUGUUAACGAAAUAAUAAAUUUUUUGACUGAAUAAAAAAAAGAACAGUGUUCAAAUUAUUAACUCAAAUUUAAUUAUUAAUGUAUAUACUGUUGAUAUACUUACAAUUGUCUAUAGGUGUAUAACCACUAAUUAAGGCUCGGUCAGAAAGAACAUACAAGAAAUAAGUACAUAUUUUAAACAAAAUAGUUCUUACCCUAAGCUGUAACUUUGUCAAUAAGUAAAACAUUUGGGUAUCAAAUGAAAGCUUAAGGACUUUGGAUCACUACAGAACUCAUGUUGAAAGUUUCUUUUGAAUAAUAAAAAAAAUAUAUGAAAGUGAAAUGGCAUAUAGUACCUGUUUUUGUACUAUCAAACUUCUUGGGACAAGUACACUCUAAUAUGCAAUAUAAGGUUUGUUGAAUUUUUUAGCACAAGUCAGGAAAAGGUAUAGUUUUGACAUGAAAUGGCUGUCACUUCAUUUGAACUUAUGUCAAAAUAGCUAUGAAUGCUUGAUAUUGCAUAAUUUGACAAAGAAAGCAAUGUGGCAAUGAAUUAAUGGUUUUCUUCCAUAAAACUGCAACUAGGUUACGCAUCAUUUACAUCUGGACUUUAAUUCUGUCUAAUGAUACUUAUAUAGUUAACAAUACACCACAUUGACAUACAAAAUUUGCUUUACUUUGUGGUAUGCUUUAUUUUCUGAUUUUACCAAUGCAAAAAGUAUGAUAAUGCCAAUUUAUAUACACUUUGGAUUCAUUUAAACGUGAGAAACAAAUAUUUGAUGUCAAAGAAAGGGGGAAAACCACAAGUUUGGAUACUCAUCAAAAUACAAUUUUUAAGUUUUAUAAUUUAAUGAGAGCAAAUAAAGUAAUUUUUUGAGGCCCUUUAUAGCUUGCUGUUCGGUGUGAGCCAAUGCUAUGUGUUGAAGGAUGUACCUUGACCUAUAAUGGUUUACUUUUAUAAAUUGUAACUUGGAUGGAGAGUUGUCUCAUUGGCACUCAUACCACAUCUUCUUAUAUCUAUAUAAUCCACAGUAUAUGGCUAUUGUAAAUGGUCAACACAUAGAGAAAAGAAGGAUUGUUAAAAAAUAGGAUUCUGAAGUUACUGUAGAUUCAUUACAUUUUUGUGGAUUGAGGAAAUAUUGUGGGUUUUUUUUUGUGGAUAUUUGAUUUUUAGGUUUACCGAAGUCUGUAAAUAAAUUUGUACUUUGUUGAACAUUUAUAUUCAUUGUUAAGCUAUCCCCACGAAUAAUAAUGAAUCUACAGUACAAGGAAUUCUGAAGCUUAUUUUGUAUUUAUAACUAACACUACUGUAGUACAUUUUGCAAGUACUUGUACAUUUACUAUCUUGUCGAUAUGGUGUUGACAAUAUCUUAUUGUUGUUCAAAUUGUAUUUUAAAACAUAUUUUACAUUGUAGAUUAUCUCCCAUUCUUGUAAAAUUUAUGUUAUAAUGUGAAGAUAUUGAUGAUUUAGAGAAAUGAAUCACUUUUAUAAAUUUAUGUUCUUACCA